AGUUGAUAAAGUGUCUGUCUCAGACGAUGUCCAUGCGUCCGUUUAUCCAUCAGCUCCAGAUGUGCUUCAGAUAACAUCUGUUUUAUUGCUUCGAUCAAUAGAAAUCUAACGCUCUCCUUCAUCUCCUGUGCAGUGAUGUUUCAUGGAGCUCCGCCGGCUAAGAUCAAACGAGAGGCCGCCGCCGCCAAGGAGCUGUCCCCGUGCCACCAGGACCGGAGUCCCAUGCCCUACGGAGAGAAGUGCCUUUACAGCUACAGUGCCUGCGACGGAAAGCCGAACCCCGGAUUCAAGCCAUUAACCCCCCCCUCCACUCCAGUGUCUCCCUGCCUCCCCAGCAGCACAGCGCUAACGCAGACCCCGCCUCCUCGUUCCCACGUGGCCAACCAGACGCCGGGGCUGCGGCAGCUGCAGCCACCUCCCAGCCAGCACGCUCUGCCCGCCCAGAGCCCCCCCUUCGCCGUGCCCUGCGUCCCCCCCAGCCAGGAUGCAAACAGCUUCACGGAGCACAGGUUCCAAAGGCAGAUGUCAGAACCAUGCAUCCCUUUCCCCCCGUCUAAGAGCCAAACCCGCCCCCCGUUCCUGCAGCAACCCCCCAGCAGCAACAGCCUGCCCCGCGACGGUCGCCCUCCCUACCACCGGCAGAUGUCCGAGCCGCUGGUGGCCGUUCCUCCUCAGGGCUUCAAGCAGGAGCUCAUCGACCCUCGAUACAGCGAGCAGGGCGGGGCCCCCAUGGGUCCCCCCCGUCAGCAGGCGUUCCACCCUAUGGCCAUUAAACAGGAGCCGCGGGACUUUUGCUUCGACUCUGGUGAGUACCGGGUAUCUCAGGAAUGUUUGUUUUGGUCUCCAACACUUGAUUGUGAGUUUUAA